GGAAGACCCGAGAGAAAGAGCUGCGCCAUUGUCCCGUGGGGGCCGGAGGGGCGGCGGUGCGGCGGCUGCACCUGCAGCUCCGGUGGGAGGGCUCCCUUGCCGGGCCCUCUUCCCCGACCUCUGGGGCGCUCCGACGAGGAAGAGCCGCCCAGCGCGCGUCCGUCCUGAGCGUGGGUGAGGCCUGGAGGAGGCGCGCGCGCUAGGCAGGGCCGCACACCGCGGGCAGAGUGCUGGAUGCGGGCACCCGGGUCCCAGGCAGCAUCAUUAUCCAGGCACUUCAAGCAUGCUCCGUGUACCAACGUGGGAUCAUGGAUCACAUUGCCUCAGGCCAAGAAAGCCAUUUUAUAGUGAAAGAGGACAGCCUCUCCCUGGGGCGCUCGGAGCAGCCGCACCCCAUCUGCUCCUUCCAGGAUGACUUCCAGGAGUUUGAGAUGAUCGAUGACAAUGAAGAGGAGGACGAUGAGGAUGAAGAAGAGGAGGAGGAGGAGGAGGAGGGAGAUGAGGAAGGCCAGGAGGGAGGAGACCCUGGCUCAGAGGCACCUGCCCCCGGUCCCCUUAUCCCCUCCCCUUCUCUGGAGGAGCCCCAUAAGCACCGGCCCACCACCCUCCGUCUGACCACACUGGGGGCCCAGGACUCCCUGAACAACAACGGAGGCUUUGACCUGGUGCCUCCGGCCUCCUGGCAAGAGACAGCGCUGUGCUCACCCGCCCCGGAGGCCCUCAGAGCAGAGCUCCCGGGCCCACUCCCUCCCACGGACACAGGGCCCGGCGGGACGCAGUCGCCAGUGCGCCUGGGUUGCGACUGCGAAGGGAACCGGCCUGCGGAACCCCCGGCGCCAGGGGGAACUUCGCCCUCCUCAGAUCCCGGCAUCGAGGCUGACCUGAGAAGCCGCUCGAGCGGGGGCCGCGGGGGACGUCGCAGCAGCCAGGAGCUGUCCUCGCCCGGCUCCGACUCAGAGGACGCGGGCGGCGCGCGCCUAGGGCGCAUGAUCUCGUCCAUCUCGGAGACGGAGCUGGAGCUGAGCAGCGACGGCGGAAGCAGCAGCAGCGGCCGCUCCUCGCACCUCACCAACUCCAUCGAGGAGGCCUCGUCGCCCGCCUCAGAGCCGGAGCCCCCGCGCGAACCCCCGCGCCGCCCCGCCUUCCUGCCCGUGGGUCCCGACGACACCAACAGCGAGUACGAGUCAGGGUCGGAGUCGGAGCCGGACCUCAGCGAGGACGCGGACUCGCCCUGGCUGCUCAGCAACCUGGUGAGCCGCAUGAUCUCCGAGGGCUCCUCGCCCAUCCGCUGCCCCGGCCAGUGCCUGUCUCCUGCGCCGCGCCCGCCCGGGGAGCCCGUCACGCCGGCCGGCGGGGCUGCCCAGGACUCCCAGGACCCCGAGGCGGCCGCGGGGCCCGGCGACGUGGAGCUGGUGGACAUGGAGACGCUGUGCGCGCCGCCGCCGCCCGCGCCCGCCGCGCCUCGACCCGGCCCCGCGCAGCCCGGGCCCUGUCUGUUCCUCAGCAACCCCACGCGUGACACCAUCACGCCGCUGUGGGCCGCGCCCGGCCGCGCUGCCCGCCCGGGCCGAGCCUGCUCCGCCGCCUGCUCUGAGGAGGAGGACGAAGAGGACGACGAGGAAGAGGAGGAUGCCGAGGACAGUGCGGGGCCCCCCGGGGUCAGGGGCACGGGCCCCUCAGCGCCGCGGGACGCCUCGCUGGUGUAUGAUGCGGUCAAGUACACGCUGGUGGUGGACGAGCACACGCAGCUGGAGCUGGUGAGCCUGCGGCGCUGCGCCGGGCUGGGCCACGACAGCGAAGAGGACAGCGGCGGGGAGGCCAGCGAGGAGGAGAUGGGCGCGGCGCUGCUAGGCGGUGGUCAGGUCCCGGGGGACACCUCGCCGGACAGCCCUGACCUCACUUUCUCCAAGAAGUUCCUCAAUGUCUUCGUCAACAGCACAUCUCGGUCCUCCAGCACCGAGUCUUUUGGCCUUUUCUCCUGUCUGGUCAACGGUGAGGAGCGAGAGCAGACCCACAGGGCUGUGUUCAGUGACCUCUCCCCCAACGGCAGGUUCAUCCCACGGCAUCCAGACGAACUGGAGCUGGACGUGGAUGACCCUGUGUUGGUGGAGGCCGAGGAGGAUGACUUCUGGUUCCGUGGCUUCAACAUGCGUACGGGGGAGCGCGGUGUGUUCCCUGCCUUCUACGCCCAUGCGGUUCCCGGCCCUGCCAAGGACCUGCUAGGGAGCAAGCGGAGUCCCUGCUGGGUGGAGCGCUUUGAUGUGCAGUUCCUGGGCUCUGUGGAGGUGCCCUGCCACCAGGGCAAUGGCAUCCUGUGUGCUGCCAUGCAGAAGAUUGCCACUGCCCGGAAACUGACUGUCCACCUGCGCCCUCCUGCCUCCUGUGACCUCGAAAUCUCUCUUCGGGGGGUCAAGCUGAGUCUGAGCGGAGGAGGGCCCGAGUUCCAGCGCUGCAGCCAUUUCUUCCAGAUGAAGAACAUCUCCUUUUGCGGCUGCCACCCCCGAAACAGCUGCUAUUUUGGCUUCAUCACCAAACACCCCCUGCUGAGCCGCUUCGCCUGCCAUGUCUUUGUCUCCCAGGAGUCCAUGAGGCCGGUGGCGCAGAGCGUGGGCCGCGCCUUCCUGGAGUACUACCAGGAGCACCUGGCGUACGCCUGCCCCACGGAGGACAUCUACCUGGAAUAGCCCGCCCACCGCUCUCUGGCCGUCUGCUCCAGGCACAGCUGGGGCUGAGGAUGUCUCAAGAGGCCACCAUGGCUUUGGCAAGGACUGGAUUGGGGGGACAUGGGACGUUACGCUUGUGGGGGUCUGCGGGCUGGGAGCUCUCAUCCUCGGUCCCCAGGGCACAGCUGUGGGGGCUGUGGGGGAGUGGGGCCCCCGUGCCCCCGCUUUUCCUCAGAUCCGUUCUUUCUCUGUGUUGUCCUCCUCCAUCCCUCCCCAGCCUCCCUUUUCUCUCUCCUGGUGUCUCUGCCCCUCUCUGUGCCUGCAAACCUUAUCCUCUAGUCUUCACUUUGGGGUCAGAACUUUGGGGGUGUGGAGGAGGCGCGGCUCUGGGGUCGGGUAAUGCCGGCUUCCAAGUGAUGCCCUCCUGCCACUCCCCUGCAAUUUAUAAGGGAAUUUUAAUUUUUAUAGUGAAUCUCAAGGGAUCGUCCCAUCCUUGACCACAGGGACAAGAGGGGCCCCCUCGCCCCAGCCCCACCCCACAUGGAGCUCAGGGGGAAGCAGGGAAGGGUUCCCAAAAGAGCCCUGCGGAGGCUAGGAGUGGUUCUUGAUGCUCACCUGAAGCCCCCAGACGCUGCUAGGAGGAGGGGGCCCCUCCUGGGCCCCCAAUACUCCUCCGCUUGCCGCUGCUAGCGCACCCCUGCAGUCCAGCGUGCAUCUGCCCCACGCACGCCCCGUGCUGUGUUCCUGGGCCCUGCCCAAGGCCUCAAUAAACUCUCUGCUUGGUGUGACA